CGCUGCCUCAGCACCGGUUCCUCCACACCGCCUCAGAGACGCACUACAGACCCGUAGAAACAUCACCACCAGCAGCCGCCAUGACCUCCGCGCGCUCACAAUUGUCCUCCUCCAUGUCACUUUACUCCAUGAGCUCCUCCAAGAGAGUCUCGCGCGGCACCAGCGUGUACGGCGGCGCCGGAGGCAGGAACGUCCGCGUGUCGUACGCUUCCAAAGGUCUGGGCUCUGGCUUCGACCUGACGCAGGCGCUCGUGAGCGGCGACAACUUCAGCGUCACCACCAACGAGAAGGCGACGAUGCAGAACCUGAACGACCGACUGGCCGCCUACCUGGAGAAGGUGCGCUCGCUGGAGUCCGCCAACCUUCAGCUGGAGACUCAGAUCCGUGAAUGGUACCAAAAAAAGACCCCAACCACCAGGGACUACAGCAAGUACGAGGCAAUCAUCGAGGACCUGCGCAACAAGAUAAGAGUUGCCACGCUAUCAAAUUGCGAGUUGAUGCUGCAGAUCGAUAAUACCAAGCUGGCAGCAGAGGACUUCAAAGUGAAGUUUGAUAAUGAGUUGGCAAUGCGCACGUCAGUGGAAACAGACAUCUCUGGGCUGCGCCGAGUCUUGGACGAAUUGACCAUGACUCGGGCUGACUUGGAGAUGCAGGUGGAGGGUUUGAAGGAAGAGCUAAUCUUUAUGAAGAAGAACCAUAAAGAGGAAAUGGAAGGCCUGCGCUGUAGCAUGCAGUCCAGCUCUGUGAACGUUGAGGUUGAUGCCAAACCCCAGGAGGACCUGUCCAGGGUCAUGGAAGAGAUGCGAUCUCAGUAUGAGAAUGUUGUGGAGAAGAACCGCCGUGAGAUGGAAGUCUGGUACAAGGAAAAGUUUGACGAACUGAGCAAGAAGAUGGCAACCAGCACAGAGACUAUAGAGGUCUCCCGAAGUGAGAUCAAUGACCUGAAGAGGAGGCUUCAGGCUCUGCAGAUAGAGCUACAGUCUGAGCUUUCCCUGAAAUGUAGCUUGGAGGGUGAGCUGACUGAAACAGAGUCCCGCUACAGCUUUAAGCUGCGCAGCCUUCAAGAAAUGGUGGACCACCUGCAGGCUGAGAUCAGCAAUAUGAAGACGGACAUUGAGCGACAGGCCUCAGAAUACCGGCUCCUGCUGGACAUUAAAACCAGACUGGAGCUGGAGAUAGCAGAGUACCGCAGACUGCUGGAUGGGGAGGAUGUGAAGAAAAAUAUAGUUGUGGAAGUGAAAGAAGUGAAAGAAGUUAAAAAAGAAGUAAUAGAAGAACAUAAACCAGUCAUUACCAAGAGGACGAAAGUGGUGAUUGAAGAGCUUGUGGACGGAAAAGUGGUGUCACGUACAGAAGACGUAGACACCGCAGUCAUCAGCCAAUAACUGAGCCAAAAAACAAUCAAGAACCAGUGUAUUUUGUAUUUAGGUCUCUGAAAAACACUGAAAGUACAUAUAUUUACCUUCCAGAUCUUUGCGUAGCUUACAUGUUUCGAUUUUUUUACAAGCAGUAAAACUAGAAGCUACAUCAGAAAAACAAAUCCUAUUCUAGGUAUAGCAUGAAGUCAAUUUUAUAAUGUUUAAAAACAAACAAGUGCAAUACAGCAAAUCCAGUUUUGGUUAGAUCUAGGAAAAUGAAUAUUAGAUCCACUUCUAUGUUGUUGUUGUUGGUUAAUAAGAGGCUGUCACUUUGAGUGUGAAAGGUAAUAAAAAAACUUAUUUCUUGUUCCUAAUAUUUAGAAAUGUUAAAGGUGCUGCAUAUAGCGUAUUGUACACUCUCAAGUACCAUAUUGCUAAAGCGACUGGUAUCACUUUUUUAAAGGGAACCACUGUCCAGAUUUCUGCUGGGGUUCAAGUGUUUCUGAUCAACUCUUACCACCUCUCAGAGUUGUAUCUGUUUUAUUUUUCUAAAAAGGUGUGCGUGUCUUUAUCUUGUUUAAUUUCCAUUUCUAAUGACAAUAAUAAAGAUUGGCAGAAAACGUCA